AUGAAGAUUCUCACCUCAUCUGUCCUCAUACUGUUGAGCGCUACCACAAUCCUCGCCCGACGGUGUGGCUGGGUGAACAGAGAAGGAGACGGUGCAUCUGAGGGUCACAAUCUAGGGGGCUGCAUCAAGGGCACCGUCUGCAUCAACCAUAAAUGCGUUAUGCUUGCGAGAAUCGGGGAGGCUUGCUCGGUUGACCAGCCCUGUAAAAUGGAGUAUAAGUGCGGCGAGAACGGCGUUUGCAUCGAGGGAAAAGCAAGCGUGGGCGCUUCAUGCAAUUCGAAUGAUCAGUGCGAAAGCGACAUCUGUAUCCGACAAGUGUGCCGCGAUGACUGGGCUUGCGGCGACGACACCGACUGCGCAGAAGGGGGGGUCUGCCGCUUCACUCUCGCGACUCCCAACUUCAGCGACCUCGGGAAGACGGUGCGAGUGUGCGCAAAACCAGACCAGUCCAGGUUUGGACAGUUCUGCGACUCGAACAAGGACUGCGGCGUGCUUGAGGACACAACAGAAGAUCCCCUUUCUGCAUCCUUAAAGGCCUUGCUGUCUCCGCCCCAGCAGGUGUCUCCCCGGUUCGUUGGGCCCAGAUCGCAAGACCGUAGGCGACAGCUCAUUGGUACCUCCAAAGUCCUCAGGGAUAAGCUCGAAUGUCGCGCCAAAACCGACAAGGCCUUCGAUGGAUGGCCAUGCCGUGAUGGGAAUGACUGCCGCUCCGGGAACUGCGUAGCGAACACAUUCAAGCAGGGCAAUCUCACGAUCAAGAUGUGCGAGCCGAACAAGCCGAAGAACUGA